UUGUACUUAUCGCAUACACACUUUAGUACUUUAGACCAAAAUCGAAUAUAGGUGGUCUGAACCGAAGAUCUGCCGUGAUGACUUCGCUGAUUCGGUUCACUUGCCAGCCACGCAGACCAAUGUCAUUUGCUCACCUUGUAAUCCGGGAUGUAUCAAGUGUCCACUGCAUACGGCACCUGAGUACUCGUACCAAUACCAGUGGUGGAACCAAUUGCCCAGUAACAUGAAGGCAUACUGUCGGUCCAUCGAAGGGGCUCUCGACUGCGACAGUAGUGACAGCUGGCUUCCGGUGGGCAACGCCGUGAAAACCGCUCACGGCAGGCGUGCUAGCGUCUACCUCGUUUUGUCGUUGCAAGUCAAAGGUUUUCGGAAUCCAUUUUUGGCCACGUCGUUUACUGUCAAUCGGCCCAUCGGUUGGGUGACGUUCGUUUUUCAAACAUCAUGCGUCGGCGACUGCGGUUUCUACUUCCUAGAGCGCCCCAGAUCUGUAUCUCGACCGAUUAUCUUGGCGGAAUGGAACGGGACGGUUUCUCGCCGCUCUUACAAUUUUCCGGUACUUAGAAGUUCAGCCACCGUAUUUGAAUGGGUGUUUAUCAGAAGUCAGCUGACAGACAGUCAGUUUUACAGAAUGGAGGAUAUCGCGCUUGACGAGGCUACGAUAUUUCUUAUUAACGUCACGAAUACUGUGGACGGCGGCGCUUCGACGUGCAGCUCCUGUGCCAGGGACGACGAAUUCGAGUAG